UUGGCAGCCAACUCUGCUGAGUCUCUAGCUGGCAGUGCUUGGUGGAAUUCAGAGAAGCUGACCGGCUUGCAGAGGGAGGUGGGGAGGCACUUUUUCCCCUACUAGGACCCCGCCUAGACUGGAGCCAGGUGUCUAGAGCUGCGGGGGAGGGGUCGGUGGGCAGUCCGGCUGGAGCCUUUGGAGCCUGGGGGGAAUGGGCUGGGGGAGGUGAGCUGGCUCCAUCUUGGGAAGAGGGAGGGGAGAGGCCUUCUCAGAUCUGAGAACUCCAGCAUUUCUGGAGCUCAUUUCACAAGAGGUGAAAGUAUGGCUUUUGGAGAUAAAGGGACAGAGAGGUUUUGGGGUGCUUUGAGAGAAGUGGACAAGGAGAGCUGAGCAUAGAUUUGAGUAGCUAGAAGGGGAGAUUUGAGGGGACUGGAUGAAUUGAUUAAAGCAAUUUAACUCAAAAGGACUGGACAUUAUCUGUGGGCAUGGAUGUCCUGGGUGUUGGGGGAAAAGUGAAGUUGAACAAUGUGAGAUAUACUCAGUGGGUCAAGGGGAAAAAAUGAGAGGAGUAAGAGAAGUGAAGACAGAUUGUUGGACACCGAGUACUAGCAUGGGAAAGAGAAAGGGUUAUGUGGAUCUUGAUUAUAGAAUGGGCCAGUAGGGUCUCAGAUUGAGGUCUAAUAGCAGUUAAAGGAGCAAAUGGUAGAAUAGAGUUGCGGAAAUAUUUAUAGGUAGAAGAGUGAGCAGAGGAAAUAUUUAGAAGCCCACCUUUGGGUAAAUAUCAGGAAGGUUAUGGGAAGUGCCUUGGUACCUGAAAGAUACUAAGUGGAUGCUAUUUAGAGGAUUAGUGGCAGACGAUGGUGGCGGGAAUGUUUGGAGAUGGUGGAAAGAUAUUUAAGAGAUCAAGAUCAGUAAAUUAAAUACUGGAAGUUGAGAUUUUAAAAAAAUCUUUGGUGGGGGUGGUGGUCCAGUAUGAAAUGUGAGGGGUCAUGUAAACAUUUGGAAGCUCAAGGCUCUGGCCUGGCUUCUGAGUGACCACCUGCUUUCUCUACCUCUGCGCAUGCCCAGGUUUCGGAAUGAGGACUACACAGUACAUGUGCAGUUAAAUGACUACCUGGACAUCAUCUGUCCUCAUUAUGAGGAUGACUCUGUGGCAGAUGCUGCCAUGGAGCGGUACACACUGUACCUGGUGGAGCGUGAGCAGUACCAACUGUGCCAACCCCAAUCCAAGGACCAGGUCCGCUGGCAGUGCAACCAGCCCAGUGCCAGGCAUGGCCCAGAGAAGCUGUCUGAGAAGUUCCAGCGCUUCACACCCUUUACCCUGGGCAAGGAGUUCAAAGAGGGACACAGCUACUACUACAUCUCCAAACCCAUCCACUACCAGGAAGACCAGUGCUUGAGGUUGAAGGUGAACGUCAAUGGCAAAAUCAGUGAGUGUCACAGCCUUGUGGGCCUCCUUGCUGCAUCCCUAUGCUGGGCCUGGUCUAGUGAUCUGGGAUGGUUGGGAAGUCCCACUGCCUGGCCCACCCAGCAUUCCCACCCCUCUGCCUCCUUGGUGUACCAAGUACCUGGCCUAAGACCACCCUUAUCUUUCAGCUCACAGUCCUCAGGCCCAUGCCAAUGCACAGGAGAAGAGACUUCCAGCAGACGACCCAGAGGUGCAGGUUCUACAUAGCAUUGGUCACAGUGCCGCCCCCCGCCUCUUCCCACUCGCCUGGGCUGUGCUGCUCCUGCCAUUCCUGCUGCUGCAAACCCCAUGAAGGUGUAUGCCGCAUACACUGUAAGAACUGGAACUGGGCUGAGGGGGCAGGGCGGGCUUCCCUCACCUGCCUGGGGCCCCUCCCAAAGCCCUAGUCCUGGGAACCACUCCUACCACAUGCACAAGCUGCCACCCAGCAGCCUCAAAACGGGUCAGUAUUAAAGCUUUCAACCCAAAGGAGGUCAGCAAGCCUGACAGUGCCAUCCUCGCCUCCACCUCAGAGGGAUGGACAAAGAAGUGGAGACAGUCCUUUCCCCUCCAUUCCUGCCCUUAAGCCAAAGAAACGAGCUGUGUGGACAUGGCCUCUUAAGAAGGGCACUGUGGGAGCCGAGCUGAAAGGAGCUUGGGCUUACAUGGAUGGACACUGAGCUUGGCAAAGAUGUCCCUCCCAGAGAGAGCCAGGAUGGCUCUGAAGGAAAAGCAAGAGACAGUUUUCUGCUUGGGAGCCAGGGACAGGAGAGGCAGCAUGCUUGGGCUGACCCAGCAUCUCCCCCAAGACUUUCCUCUGUGGAGGUGCCACGGAGAGGACUGUAGCCAGGCACUACAUCCUCUCCCACCCUGGGGCAUCACUCCACAGAGCUGCGCCAGCAGGGGGGCUGUGCCAACCUGUUCUUAGAGUGUAGCUGUAAGGGCAGUGCCCAUGUGCACAGAGUCUGUGCCUAGACUGACUGUAGGCUGAAGGGCAGGGCCCACGAGUACAGAAUCUGUAUAUGAAUUAGAUGUGUGUCUGCUGAUUUCUACAACUGGAGUUUUUUUAUACAAUGUUCUUUGUCUCAAAAUAAAGCAAUGUGUUUGGUUUUUUGGACAUGCUUUUCUGCCCUUCCAUCCUAAUUUAAGACCAUUGAGUCCCUGCUGCUGCUAGGCUCUGUGCUAUGUCGGUAGCAAUUGGGUUUGAGUUUUUUCCCCUCUCUCUGAAAAGAAUACAUGCCCCUCACCAGCCCACAAGGGUGGGGUGUUUCCUCCUCUGAGGGUUGUCCAGGA